AUGGAAGACGUAAAUAAGGAGGGCAGGAGCCUAGUAACGUCAUUCAUCUCUCCGCUUCCCAGCUCUCUCCUCACCUUCCCCGCCCUCCCCUCACCUUCCCCGCUCUCCGCUCAUCCUCCCGCCCCUCCCUCGUCUUCCCCGCUUUCCGCUCAUCCUCCCCGCCCUCCCCUCAUCUUCCCCGCUUUCCGCUCAUCCUCGCCGCCCUCCCCUCAUCUUUCCCGCUCUUCUCUCAUCUUCUCCGCUCUCCCCUCAUUCCCCCCUCUCUCCCUUCUCCCCCUCAGCACCCCCUUCAUAUCAUUGCCGCGCUCUCUUGUUCCUUCCUUCACGCCCACCCUCAUCUCCCACCACUCACUCACCCCUCGUUCCCCCUCUUUCCCCCACCUUCCUGCUUCCCCUUUUUCCGACUCACUCUUCGUCUCCUCCCUUCACCCAUACCUGAACUUCGUCCCUGCUCACGCCUUGUCUCCCUCCCAUCCACCUCUUGACUCCCUCAUCUUCUCGAUCCUCCCCCUCCCCCCUCCCCCCUCUCCGCCUCCCCCCCUCCCCCCUCUCCCCCCCCCCCCCCCCCAUCACCCCCAUCACCCGUUCACCUCUUGA